AUGUUGGCGAUGGGCGAGCGCAGCAUUGCUUCCAAGGGCAGGGCAUGCGAGAGGAAUAACUGUCCACGGAGCUGGCAAUCCGCAAAUGGGUCCCCAAUGUAUAAGGACUUGAUGGCCGCUGCCCAGUGGCUGUGGGGGUGGAAGAUGGUUAUAGUGAUGGAGCAGGAUUGGGUAGUUGUGGUUAUCGUUUUGUACUUCAGAUGUGGGGUGACUCGACCAGACAAUGACGUGAUCCCAACUGAAGACGGAUGUCGAUCAACCGGGGAGCCAGUUUCGCGUGAUUGCUUUGCGAUGAACGUUCAGAGGCCAUUGUAA